UAUCUAACAAUGGUCUAACCUCAAAAACUCAACAAUAACAAUGUUUGAUUCAAAAUUAAUCACUUUAAUAGUUUCUGUUAUUACAAUAGCACCGAUUAUAGCGAUUUUAAUUGAAAAGUGGAAGUUUAAAAAUAACACGAACAUAAAUAGAGACAAAAAUUAUUAUUAUAAAUGCAUAUUUAUAACAUAUGAAAAUUAUUCUUGUCUUCAACAUGUUUAUAAUACAACAUCUUGUGGAGAAAAGUGUUCUUAUGCUUACCUAACGGAAAUAUUAAAUUUACUAAAAUCAGCAAAAUCUUCAAUUUCAAUGUGCAUGUAUCAUCUAUCGUUACAACAAAUUUUUCAGGAGAUAAUUAACGCUAAAUUAAGAGGAGUUUCAAUUAGGAUCAUUACAGAUAGAGAAAUGGAAUUUAAUAGUGGAUCUAAAAUAUCUCGAUUACGACAAGAAGGGGUUGAAAUUAAAACGCAAAGUAAUGCAGAACUAACAGGAUAUUUGCAUCAUAAAUUUUGUUUAAUCGAUAAAAAUUAUGAUUCUCAAAUUAUGUGGUUUGGAUCUUUAAACCUUACCUUACAAGGAAUUUGUUCCAAUUGGGACAAUAUUGUUAUUACCAAUAAUAAUGAUAUAAUAUUAAGAUUUUCAAAUGCUUUUGAAAAUUUAUGG